CUGCGCAAUCUCUGCGUGAACUUAGAACCGGGCUUGGCUGUCGUGCCCUGAAGCCACAAAACGCUUAUCAUGGCCAUGACUUUGGGUUACUGGGACAUCCGUGGGCUGGCUCACGCCAUCCGCCUGCUCCUGGAAUACACGGACUCCAGCUAUGAAGAGAAGAGGUACACAAUGGGGGAUGCUCCGGACUUUGACAGAAGCCAGUGGCUGAGCGAGAAGUUCAAGCUGGGCCUGGACUUCCCCAAUCUGCCCUACCUGAUCGACGGGGCUCACAAGCUCACCCAGAGCAACGCCAUCCUUCGCUACAUCGCUCGCAAGCACAACCUGUGUGGGGAGACGGAGGAGGAGAAGAUUCGCGUGGACAUGUUGGAGAACGAGAUUAUGGAUGUCCGAUUGUACACGGCCCGGAUCUGCUACAGCCCUGACUUUGAGAAACUGAAGCCUGACAUUUUGACCAUGCUCCCUGAAAAGAUGAAGCUGUUCUCCCAGUUCCUGGGGAAGAGGUCCUGGUUUGCAGGGGACAAGCUCACCUAUGUGGACUUCCUAGCUUAUGACGUCCUAGAUACACUGCGUAUGUUCGAGCCCAAGUGCCUGGAUGCGUUCCCGAACCUGAAGGACUUCUUGGUCCGCUUUGAGGGCCUGAAGAAGAUCUCUGCGUACAUGAAGUCCAGCCGCUUCCUCCCGACACCUGUGUACUCGAAGCCUGCCAUGUGGGGCAACAAGUAGGGGCUGCGUGUGCAGGAGAGGGGAUAGGAGCACUGCUGGACGUAUCUACAUUUUUAGGACCAUCUGCUCUGCUUUCUCUUUCCUCUUUUAACUCCUUUCCAUUAUCCCCCUUCCCUCACUAGAUGCCUAACUGGCUACUGAUCUGCCUCGAGCCCCUCUCGUCCUCACCCUGUACAGCUACAGCCUCCCCUUUCCUUCAGCCGCCCUCCUGCCCUUCCCACCUUAAUCCUCUGGCCUCAAAGCCAAUGAGACUGAUCUUCCCCUCAGUGACUGCCCUGUUUUGAGGAGUCCAAUUAGAUCCCGGGCCUUAGAGCUCAGCCCUGCGCUCCCCGCAGCGCCCUGAAGACCAGUGUGCGAGGGUGCAGGCUCUGCUCCUCUGACUCAUCCCUGGUGACGCUGAGUCACGGUGCUGAUCUUGUCAUCUCCUCUGGCCUUGGACUCAGGACUGACUGUGUUGGAGGUUUGGGGGGCUGGCCACUUUCCCUGUGCUGUGUGCAGCGGCGGGUGCCUGGGGAUGUAUGUGGCAGUAGUGGCCGAGAGAGUGACAAGUAGGAUUACAAGGUUUCUUGCUCAUGUGAAUGUCUGUUCAUAUACGCAUGCCUUGGUGUGGGGUCCCUACGGAAGAGGGGCCUUCGGUGCCUCUGUCUCUGCUGCAUUUCAGUGUCGUGGAAGGCCCCCCCGACCCCCCCACUCAAACUUGUAGUAUCUGAGUUACAGUCCGCAGGGCUCUCUGGGGCGGCUGGGGGUGUUGAGCCACCCACUGUGGGAUCCCUGGGGUCUCCGUCCUGAUGCCGUUCCUGGAAGGCUCCCCGCUGCGUGUCCCCUGCUCCCUGUGCUCUUCCAACGCAUCUCAGUAAAAUACAUCCCACUGUGUUAUGAUUGUCCUUUUUACUUGUUUUCCUCUCCAACUCAAUCAGAAAUUCUCUGAGGAGAGGAUCCAUGUCUUACUGGACUUUUUAUCUCUGAUAUCCAUCACACUUCCUGAACGCUUAUUCAACAAAAGUUUGAAAUCUGAAUUUUCCCUGGGUAAGACCCUGGCACAUUCUGCAGCCACUCUUGGGACUUUGAGCUCUGGAUAUACUUCAUAUCGGCCACCAGAGACACAAAAAGCUCAAAUGACUUUAAAUGCACAGGUCUGGGAGGAUGAGCCAUUAGCCGUUUCUAACGUUAGCCUUUAAUAGGCUUUUGCUGUGCUUUAAUAACUUGACCUGGGCAGGCCUAGUGGGCGGGGCUAGAGAUCAAGGAUCUGUGUCGACAGGAGGUGCUGUGGGCAUCGGGUGCUAGAACAUUUGCAGAGGCUUGGGACUCGAGAUAGCUGGCUGAUGAGCAUGCUCCUCAAACAGUGGCUGGGUAGCGGAGCUGGGUCCCCUGAGUCACAGCCUGAGACCCAGCUCCUACCGGGAGAAGAUCCGAAGAAGAGUCUUGUCCAGCAGCCGUCCUGGUGACCUCUGCCUGCGCCUGUACUUGUUGCAGUUAUUAAAUAAAAAGGGAGCCCUGGGAAUGGGGUUAA